AUGCAUCUAAACAGAGUGGCAAAUCCUUGGGGAAUACUCUGGCCCCAACUAGAUAAGAAAGAAUUAAAAAUAAAAGAUUUAAGAACCUCUCAUGAAACAGAUGAUCCAUUAGAAGUGGAAGAUAUAAGGCUUAAUAAGAAAAUUACUUAUGUUUUUUCAAAUUUGCCAACGACUUCAGAAGAUGAAUUGGAAAAAUCAGAACCAAUUUCCAAUGCUAAUCCAGAAAUAGACAACGACCGAGUUUUCUAUUUACGUAAAUUUAUAACAAACGAUACAAGUGAAGAAAGUCCAGACGAAAAUAAAGAUGAAAAUUCUCAAAAUAAAAAAGAAUAUAUAAAAAAUAGUUAUUUUAGAAAUUUUAGUAACUCUUUAAGUACUCCUACAGAAGUAAGUGAAAAUAAAGAUGAAGACUUUCAAAAUAAAAAAGAAUAUAAUAUAGAAGAUAGCAGUUUGGGUAAUUAUAGUAACUCGUUAAAUACCCCUACCGAAGUAGACGAAGAAAAUAAAAAUGAAGAGUAUCAAAACAAAAAAGAAUAUAAUAUACAAAAAAGUAGUAUGGAAAAUUUUAGUAACUCGUUUAAUACCUCUACCGAAGUAGUUGAUGAUAAAGUAAUAGAUGAUAUAUGGACAAAAACUUAUUAUUCUUCGGUACCAGGACAUCAUUCAAGGAACUCAACAACUAGCAAAUAUAUUCACGAAGAUGAUGAUUGGCCAGAAUAUUGGGCUACAAGGAAACGCAAAUACGGAAAGUUUCAUGAAACUACUAAAACAUUUGAAAAAAAAUCUUUAAUUGUAACAACAGAUAACACACAGCAGAAUAUUAACCCAGAAAUAUAUGAUGAAAAUACAAGACCACUCAGAGACUUAGAUAUUUUUACUGAACCAUUUAAAUGGGCAUCACGACAAGACGAUUUAGAUCGCACCACAAAAAAACGGAAGAAAGGAAGUUGGAGAGAUAAGUUCACUAAAGAUAAAACUUCUACCGCACUUCCUAACGUAAAUUGGAAGAGUUUUAAUUUUACAGAAGAACGAAAUCCGUAUACAACCAUCGAAUUGACAAAAACGCCGCCAAGUAGCAAGGAAGAAAUUCAGAAUGAAAAGAAAUCAUCGACCACAUUAUCUCAAGAAAACCGUUUUAGUCAGUUAGAUAGAGAAAAAAUAACUAUUGAGAGUGUAACAAAUAUUAAACAGGUGCCUUCAACACUAUCGCCAGAAUUUGAAGUUAAUUUACUCACACAGUUGCUCCCUACGGAAAUGUUAAACCUCAUAACUACGGAAAGAGAUUUAAAUACAAACAUAACAAAUCCUUUAAUAGAUGCUGUACCUGGAACCCCCAUUACACUAGAAGGGACUGUCCAAUAUUCAGAAACAAACUCAGAAUCAUCUACAUAUACAUAUCCUCUAAAAACAACUGAAAAUAAUAAAUAUAGUACCAUUAAUUUUAAAAAAUCUUCCGAGGGAGGAUCUACCGUGAUAGUCUCGGAAAAAGAAAACUUGACUACUGAAUAUCAUAUUUUUGACAUAAACGAGUUGGAAGAAAACAGUACUCUACUAAAUACAGAACAAGAAACUAUUUCAGAGGCGGUACAUUUAAAAUUGACUGCUGAUAUAUCGAAAGCUUUUGAAAAGUUUAUGAAAACAACGACGAAGACUAAAACCACUAAAGAAAAAGAUGAAAAUUGGGAAGAAACUGAUCUAACAGAGGAAGAUCAUGAAAGUAGUAAACAACGGGAUCAGAAAAAGAGCACAAAAUCCUACUCUCAAGAAGACAUUUCAACAAAAUCAGAAAAAUCAACAUCUACUGAAGAAAAUAUUCUCAAAUCGUCGGAAUUUAAUAAUGGAACAAGAAAUGCAGACAUUUUCGUUCAUUCAUCUAAAUCUGAAAGAAUAAUUGAAAUAACAGCUACUACAGUUAAUAUGAGUAGUACUUUGAAAACACUGGCUAGUAGUUUUUCAGAAGAAGUUGCUAUAACAGGAACAAAUUCAGAACCUGUUUCAAAUAAUUCGGACACUACAGAAUUGCUAUUUUCAGAAGAUCAAUACACCAUAGGUGAACCAACUCAAAUGACCACUACACACAAGUUAUCUCAAAUUGAAAAGUAUGUCACUGGCGUAAUAUCAGAAAUUGAAGAAAACUUUCUCUAUAACACUACCGUUACUACAAUGUCUACAUUAUCUCCAUUUGACCAAUUCGUAACAGCUGUGAUAUCAGAGGUCGAAGACACUAUUAAGAACGAAACAGCACAAACAACAGAGUUAAAUAUAAGUGAAAUAUUGCAAGAAAGUAUUAAAGAUGCAAAUACAGCUAUAUCUCAAAAUCCAAAUAAAAUAACAGAAGUAGACAAUAUUGAAAAUGAGACCCCAAUAAGCGAAUAUGAAAAUAGUGAAAAUGAAUUUUAUUUUUCAGUCGAAGACUUGAGUAGUACCACACUUUGUGAAAAUUGUAAAGAAGAAGUAUUUUCUCCAUCAAUGUCAAAAUCAUCCGAAAAAGUAAAAUUGACACAAACUACGAAUUAUCAAAGUCAGAAAAGUACAUCUAAAACUAAAACAACAACAAACAAGUCAGAAUCAGAUGACAGAGGACAUAUUAAAGUUAAAACUACAAAAAAAUUAACACAUAAUUUGCCUGUUCAUACCAAUUCAACCACCAGAAAAACGAAUCCUGUAAGUGAAGUGAUACAUUCUUCGUUUAAAACAACAACAGCCGAAGAAACUUCUAUCGGCACGUUAUCUUCAAUUGGAAUUAAAUCACAAAAUGAAAAAGAAACUAUUGAAGAGAAUAGUUCAGAAACUUUACAAAAUCAAAAAUAUGAAUAUCAAACUGUAAUUACUGAAAAAGAAGAAACUGAAAAUGAUAAUUUUUUUUUCUCUAACUUGUCUCAAUUUAAUACAAAUGAAGAACAUGUUACAAAAGAAGACACUGAAGAAAUUAUUUCUAUUAAUGAAAAUCCAACUGAAGAAUUUAAAGAAGAAGACGUAAAUUACCCGAAUAAAAUAAAAACUACUCUAUGUAAAUCAUGCGAUGAGAAAGAAACAAAAUUUGCAAAUAAAAAAUUAUCAACACAAACCAAAUCGACAAAAUCUUUAGAAAAAUCCAGAACAUCUGAAACUGUAAGUAAACCACUUCAUACGGAAUUUGUAACAGAAACCAGCUCUCAAACACUUUCUAUCAGUAAAACGCAACAAAUAGACUUAAAUGAAACUGCAGUGACUGUAGGCAAUAAAGAAGUCAGAGUAGAGAUACAAAGCCAAAAAACAAACUUUGAAAUACAAUCUAGUGAAGAAAUUAAAAUAACUGGCAACAAAAAUGAAACAAUUGUUUCUAGUUAUGAAACCAAAACAGAAAUAACCAGUAAUAUUGCAAGCGACAAACAGGCAGGUGAAUCUAACAGAAUGACACAAAUGGGUUUAGUUACUACUUCGAUGUCUGAGAACCCUGAAAUGACCUCAGAAAAUGGAGAAAAUGAGAACCAUUCAUCUGUUAUUCUAAAAGAAACAGAAGAAACCGGCACAAAAAUUAUUAUGACAGAAACAGAAUUAACAACGACUCAAAAGACAAUAUAUGAUGAACAGUUAAAUGAUGAAAAAGUUAAAUCAAAUUUUACCACCGUGCGCGAAGAAAUACAAUCAAUUGAAUCCAAUAUGACUGAGUUCUCAACCAAAACUACUCAAAAAUCAAUUUCUGAACUUAAAUCCGAAAUAAUUUAUUCCACUGAGAUAAAAGAAACAGAAUUGUCCAGAAGUGACGUCGCUAAAACAAUUACAGAAGCAAUAUCGACGAGAGAGCAUGAAGAAAGUGAAAAAACUGAAUCUAACAACCCUUCAGAACUAAAAACCCAAGAAACAAAUGCAGAAUUAAAAUUUUCAGAGAACGUUAAAAAAACAAGUGAUUUCGAAAGAAAAGAUACAACAGAAGAAAAAGAAAUUAGUAAGAUUAAAAAUAAAGUCGUCGAGGAAAACACACAAUCAGUUGCAACCCAAAAGUCAGUAUCCCAAGAAACCUUAAUGAAGGUUACAUCUGAAGAGGAAAUGCUACAUAUUACCACAAAAAGUGAAGAAACAGAGGCAAGUGAGUCUAAUCAAAGUACAGAAAUAUCGGGAAAAGAAACAAUGUCUGAAGAAAUUCUAGAUAUUGAAAAAACUGUGACCACGCGUCUAGAAAAUGGAGAAAUAAAAACAAGGAAAACAGAACUAAAUAAAACAAGCAAAACUGAAGAGACAACUAUAGGAGUAACUCAGACGUUGGAGUCUGAAGAAAAAUCUUCAAUAAAUAUAAAAUCGGAACUUACAACCAAAAUUGAAGAGACAAUCAACACUGAAAUGGAAGCAAAUAGUAUAACUAAAAAUAGCGAAAUCGUUGAAGAAAACACACAACCAAUAUCAUCACAAAAGUCAAUAUCCGAACAAAAUCUAAUUAAUGCUACACAUAAAGAGAAAAAUUUACAUAUUUCUACAAAAAGUAAAGAAGCUGGGACAAUUGAAACUAUUGAAUUAACGAAUAUAUCGAUAAUAUCUGAAGAACCUUUAAUAACCAGAACAUCAGGGUUCACAAGUCUAGAAAAUACAGAAGUAGAAACAAGGACAAUAACUAAAGUUAAUAAAUCAGGCAAAACUAGUCGUACAACUGCAGAAGUAUCAGAGUCUGUGAUGCCUACAGCAGAAGAAGAAUUUUCUCAUAAAACAGCUAUAGAGACAAAAGCAAAUAUUAUAACAGAAAUUAAAGGAACAAGUACAACUGAAACUGAAAAAACAAUAGAUACAAAAAAAAAAAUUAUAAUCAAAAGUAGCGAUGUCGUUAAAGAAAACACACAACCAAUUUCAAGACAAAAAUCUCUAUUCCACGAAAACUUAUUUAAUGUUACAUAUGAAGAGGAGAAUACAAGUAUUUCCACAAAAAAUGAAGAAACUGAUACAAGCAUAUCUAAUCAAAUAACACAAAUAUCGCAACAAGAGACAAUAUCCGAAGAAACUUUAAAAACCGAAAAAUCAGUACUUACAAGUCCAGAAAAUGGAGACGUAAAAACAAUGACAACUAAAUUGAGAAAAAACAGCCAUACUGAUAUAACAACUACAGAAGUGGCAGAGUCUCUAAUUUCUGAGUCAGAAGAAGAAAAGUCAUAUGCUUCCACAAAAAGUGAAGAAAGGCAAACAAGUGAAUCUAAUCAAAUAACAGAAAUAUCAGAGCAAGAGGCAAUGUCUGAAGAAACGUCAGAUACCGAAGAAGCAAUGCUCACAAAUACAGAAAAUAAAGUGGCAAAAACAAAGAUAACAACUAAACUGAGCAAAACUAGUGAGAAAAUGUAUGUAGAAACUUCAGAGGCCGAAAAAGCAAUGCCCAGCAGUGAAAAUGGAGAAGUAAAAACAAGAACAACAACUGAACUUAGUAAAAUUAGUAAGAUAACUACAGAGGUAUCGGAGUAUUUGACAUCUGAGUCGAAAGAAGGAGAUAAUUCAAAUAUUUCCACAGAAAAUGAAGAAAUAGAGAUAAGUGAAUAUAAUGAUAUAACAGAAAUAUCGGAACAGGUGACAAUACAUGAAGAAACUUUAAAAACUGAAAAAUCAAUGCUCACAAGUCCAGAAAAUGGAGAAACAAAAACAACUGAACUGGGUAAAAUUAGCAAAAGUGGUGUGACAACUACAAAAGUAACUGAGUCUCUGACGUCUGAGUUGAAAGAAAAGGAAACGUCAAAUAUAUCCACAAGUGAAGAAACAGAGACAAGUGAAUCUAACCAAGUAACGGAAAUAUUAGAAAAAAAAACAAAAUCAACAGAAAUUUUAGAGACCGAAAAAUCAAUGCCUACAAGUCUAGAAAAUGAAGAAAUAAAAACAAGGAUAACUAAACUGAGUAAAACAACUAAAACUAGUGAGAUAACUACAGAAGAACCAGAGUCGCUGAUAUCUGAGUCGAAAGUAAAGGAGAAAUCAAAUAUUUCUACAAACAGUGAAGAACCAGAAACAAGUGAAUCUCAUCAAGUAACAGAAAUAUCGGAACAGGAGACAAUGUUUGAAGAAACUUUAGAAACUGAAAAAUCAAUGCUCACAAUACCAGAAAAUGAAAUAAAAACAACAAAACUUAGUAAAAGCGACAAAACUUUUGUGACAAAUAUAAAAGUAACCGAGUCUCUAAUGUCUGAGUCGAAAGAAGAGAAAACGUUAAAUUCAUCCACACCAAGUGAAGAAGCAAAGACAAGUGAAUCUAAUCAAGUAAUGGAAUCAUCAGAACAAGAGCCAAUGUCGAAAGAAAUGUUCGGAACCGAAAAAUCAAUGCUUACAAGUCUCGAAAAUGAAGAAAUAACUAAACUAAGUAAAACAACUGAAACUAGUGAGACAACUACAGAAGAACCGAAGUCUCUGAUAUCGGAGUCAACGGAAAAUGAGGAGAAAACUAUUAUUUCGAUAAAAAGUGAAGAACCGGAGACAAGUGAAUCUCAUCAAGUAACAGAAAUAUCAGAACAGGAGACAAUGUUUGAAGAAACUUUAGAAACUGAAAGAUCAAUGCUCACAAUAUCAGAAAAUGAAAUAAAAACAACUAAACUCAGUAAAACCGACAAAACCGUCGUGACAAAUAUAAAAGUAACCGAGUCUCUAAAGUCUGAGUCGAAAGAAGAGGAAACGUCAAAUACAUCCACAACAAGUGAAGAAGUAGAGACAAGUGAAUCUAAUCAAGUAAUGAAAUCAUCAGAACAAGAGCCAAUGUCGAAAGAAAUGUUCGGAACCGAAAAAUCAAUGCUUACAAGUCUCGAAAAUGAAGAAAUAACUAAACUAAGUAAAACAACUGAAACUAGUGAGACAACUACAGAAGAACCGAAGUCUCUGAUAUCGGAGUCAACGGAAAAUGAGGAGAAAACUAUUAUUUCGAUAAAAAGUGAAGAACCGGAGACAAGUGAAUCUCAUCAAGUAACAGAAAUAUCAGAACAGGAGACAAUGUUUGAAGAAACUUUAGAAACUGAAAGAUCAAUGCUCACAAUAUCAGAAAAUGAAAUAAAAACAACUAAACUCAGUAAAACCGACAAAACCGUCGUGACAAAUAUAAAAGUAACCGAGUCUCUAAAGUCUGAGUCGAAAGAAGAGGAAACGUCAAAUACAUCCACAACAAGUGAAGAAGUAGAGACAAGUGAAUCUAAUCAAGUAAUGAAAUCAUCAGAACAAGAGCCAAUGUCGAAAGAAAUGUUCGGAACCGAAAAAUCAAUGCUUACAAGUCUCGAAAAUGAAGAAAUAACUAAACUAAGUAAAACAACUGAAACUAGUGAGACAACUACAGAAGAACCGAAGUCUCUGAUAUCGGAGUCAAGGGAAAAUGAGGAGAAAACUAUUAUUUCCAUAAAAAGUGAAGAACCAGAGACAAGUGAAUCUCAUCAAGUAACAGAAAUAUCAGAACAGGAGACAAUAUUUGAAGAAACUUUAGAAACUGAAAGAUCAAUGCUCACAAUAUCAGAAAAUGAAAUAAAAACAACUAAACUCAGUAAAACCGACAAAACCAUUGUGACAAAUAUAAAAGUAACCGAGUCUCUAAUGUCUGAGUCGAAAGAAGAGGAAACGUCAAAUACAUCCACAACAAGUGAAGAACUAGAGACAAGUGAAUCUAAUCAAGUAAUGAAAUCAUCAGAACAAGAGCCAAUGUCGAAAGAAAUGUUUGAAACCGAAAAAUCAAUGCUUACAAGUCUCAAAAAUGAACAAAUAACUAAACUGAGUAAAACAACUGAAAUUAGUGAGACAACUACAGAAGAACCGAAGUCUCUGAUAUCGGAGUCAAGGGAAAAUGAGGAGAAAACUAUUAUUUCCAUAAAAAGUGAAGAACCAGAGACAAGUGAAUCUCAUCAAGUAACAGAAAUAUCAGAACAGGAGACAAUAUUUGAAGAAACUUUAGAAACUGAAAGAUCAAUGCUCACAAUAUCAGAAAAUGAAAUAAAAACAACUAAACUCAGUAAAACCGACAAAACAAUUGUGACAAAUAUAAAAGUAACUGAGUCUCUAAUGUCUGAGUCGAAAGAAGAGGAAACGUCAAAUACAUCCACAACAAGUGAAGAACUAGAGACAAGUGAAUCUAAUCAAGUAAUGAAAUCAUCAGAACAAGAGCCAAUGUCGAAAGAAAUGUUUGAAACCGAAAAAUCAAUGCUUACAAGUCUCAAAAAUGAACAAAUAACUAAACUGAGUAAAACAACUGAAAUUAGUGAGACAACUACAGAAGAACCGAAGUCUCUGAUAUCGGAGUCAACGGAAAAUGAGGAGAAAACUAUUAUUUCGAUAAAAAGUGAAGAACCAGAGACAAGUGAAUCUCAUCAAGUAACAGAAAUAUCAGAACAGGAGACAAUGUUUGAAGAAACUUUAGAAACUGAAAGAUCAAUGCUCACAAUAUCAGAAAAUGAAAUAAAAACAACUAAACUCAGUAAAACCGACAAAACCGUCGUGACAAAUAUAAAAGUAACCGAGUCUCUAAAGUCUGAGUCGAAAGAAGAGGAAACGUCAAAUACAUCCACAACAAGUGAAGAAGUAGAGACAAGUGAAUCUAAUCAAGUAAUGAAAUCAUCAGAACAAGAGCCAAUGUCGAAAGAAAUGUUCGAAACCGAAAAAUCAAUACUUACAAGUCUCGAAAAUGAAGAAAUAACUAAACUGAGUAAAACAACUGAAACUAGUGAGAAAACUACAGAAGAACCGGAGUCUCGGAUAUCGGAAUCGAGGGAAAAUGAGGAGAAAACUAAUAUUUCCAUAAAAAGCGAAGAACCAAAGACAAGUGAAUCUCAUCAAGUAACAGGAAUAUCGGAACAGGAGACAAUGUUUGAAGAAACUUUAGAAACUGAAAUAUCAAUCACAAUACCAAAAAAUGAAAUAAAAACAACUAAACACAGUAAAAUCGACAAAACCGUUGUGACAAAUAUAAAAGUAACCGAGUCUUUAAUAUCUGAGUCGGAAGAAGAGGUAUCGUCAAAUACAUCCCCAACAACUGAAGAAGCAGAAACAAGUGAAUCUAAUCAAGUAAUGGAAUCAUCAGAACAAGAGCCAAUGUCGAAAGAAAUAUUCGAAACCGAAAAACCAAUGCUUACAAGUCUAGGAAAUGAAAAAGUAAAAACAACGGGAACAACUAAACUAAGUAAAACAACUGAAACUAGUGAGACAACUACAGAAGGACGAGAGUCUCAGAUAUCGGAGUCGAGGGAAAAUGGGGAGAAAACUAAUAUUUCCAUAAAAAGUGAAGAACCAGAGACAAGUGAACCUCAUCAAGUAACAGAAAUAUUGAAACAGGAGACAAUGUUUGAAGAAACUUCAGAAACUGAAAAAUCAAUGCUCACAAUACCAGAAAAUGAAAUAAAAACAACUAAACUCAGUAAAACCGACAAAACCAUUGUGACAAAUAUAAAAGUAACCGAGUCUCUAAUGUCUGAUUCGGAAGAAGAGGAAACGUCAAAUACAUCCACAACUGAAGAAGCAGAAACAAGUGAAUCUAAUCAAGUAAUGGAAUCAUCAGAACAAGAGCCAAUGUCGAAAGAAAUGUCCGAAACCGAAAAAUCAAUGCUUACAAGUCUAGAAAAUGAAGAAGUUAAAACAAGGGGAACAACUAAACUAAGUAAAACAACUGAAACUAGCGAGACAACUACAGAAGAACCGGAGUCUCGGAUAUCGGAGUCGAGGGAAAAUGAGGAGAAAAGUAAUAUUUCCAUAAAAAGUGAAGAACCAGAGACAAGUAAAUCUAACCAAAAAACAGAAAUAUCGGAACAGGAGACGACAAUAUUUGAAGAAACUUUAGAGACCGAAAAAUUAAUUUUCACAAGUCCAGAAAAUGAAGUAAUAAAAACAACUGAACGAAGUAAAACCAGCAUUAAUGGUGUGAUAACUACAAAAGUAACCAUGAUGCCUGAGUCGAAAAAAUCUCAAAUCUCAAAUAUCUCCACAAAAAGUGAAGAAACAGAGAAAAGUGAAUCUAAUCAAAAAACAGAAAUAUCGGAAGAGGGGACUAUGUUUGAAGAAACUUUAAAGACUGAAAAAUCAAUGCUUACAAAUCCAGAAAAAGAAAAAACAAGGAAAACAACUGAACUGAGUGAAGCAAGUAAAACUGAACCGAAAGAAGAUGAAAAAUCAAAUAUUUCCACAAAAAGUGAAGGACCAGAUAUAAUAAAUGAAUCUAAUCAAAUAACAGAAAUAUCAGUGUCAAUUAUUACAAAAAAUUAUGAAGUAGAAAUAGGAACAACAACUGAACUAAGAAAAGCAAGUAAAACUGGUGAGGAAAUUACAGAAGUACCGGAGUCUCUGAUACCUGAACCGAAAGAAAAUGAGAAGUCAAAUAUUUCCACAAAAAGCGAAGAAACAGAGACAAGUGAAUUUAUUCAAUUAACACAAAUAUCGAAGCACAAAACAAUGGCCAAGACUGAAAAAUCAGUGUUCACAAGUCCAGAAAAUGAGGUAUUGGAAACAAGGAUGACCAGUAAGGGAUAUAAAGCAAGUGAAAGUAAAGAAUAUUCUAUUACGACAACUGUGAAAAUAAAAGAGCCUACAACAGAAAUUGAAGAGUCAGUUAUAUCUGAAGCGGUAGAAACAAUAGAAGUAGUAACUAAUGUAAUUAAAAAUAACGAAGCCGUUGAAGUAAACACAAGCCAAACAUCACAAUCAGAAGAAAGUAUUUCCACAGAAAAUAAAGUAAUGACAACUGAAUUGAAUCAAUUAACACAGAUAUUGGAAAAAAUAACCAAUAUAAAUGAACCAAGCACCAUUACUCAUAAAACUACGGAAGAAGAAUAUCCUAUUGAAACAAAUACAUUACAAAUGAAUGAGCUUGGCAACUCUAAAACGACGGACAUAAUUGAAACUAUUAAAACAACGUUUGAAGGAGAAAAGAAGACAAUAUCUCAAGAAUCAACAAUACACCGCACAAUGGAAAUUAAAGAAACAGAAACAAAGAAUUCCAUUAGCACGGCAGAGGCUGAAAAUUAUGUAACAAUAGAAAUAGAAACAGAAAUAAGUAGUAUAGCUAAAAGCACCGGAGUUAUUGAAGAAAAGGUAGAAUUAUUAUCCACCGAAGAAUUAUUGCCCGAAGAAAAGUUUGAUAAUAACACAUCUGCAGAAGAAAAGGAAACUAGUAACUUAUCUGAAGUAGAGACUCAAAUGUCAAUAUUUACUGUACCAUCUCAAUUAGAAAAUGAGGAAGUAAAAGAAAUGGACCAAUUUAAUAACAUAACUGAGAAAGAAAAUUCUAUAACAUUAGAAUCUUCUAUUGAAACAACAACGACCGAAAUUAUCCCCGAAUCUCCAUUAGUAAGUAACGAAGAUACUGAAAUAAACUUAUUUAAUAACAUAACUGAGACAGAUGUUUCUGAAACCGAAGAGUCUACUACUGAAACUACAGAAACUACAGAAACAAUCACAGAACCCUUUAUAGAGGAAAGUGAACUCAAUCUCUUCAGUAAUAUAAUAGAAUCAGACAAAUUUGUAACUGAAAUUUCUACAGAAAAUCCUCUAACUACAUCUACAAAAAUUUAUAUUGAGACAACUGAAUUAAAUGAAAAUGAAACACCUAGCAAGUCUGAAGACACAGAAGCAGUAAACAAUCGAGUCGAAGAUGAAGAAAUUAUUACUGUAGAUGUUCAUAAGAUUACAGAAGAAGAGAUUUUGAAUGUUGAAAACAUUACUGAAGAAAUAGAAGAAGAAAACUUUAAUUUUCCAAAUAUAAUAAAAACUACUAUAUGUGAAUUGUGUGAAGAUGAAAAUACAAUAUCAUCAGUAGAAGUAAGUGGGAAAGAAAUAACUGAACUCAUGGAAAAUGGUAAAGAAAUAGAGAAAACUACUACUUCAGAAAGUGAAAUAUUGUCCGAUGAAAUAUCGGUGGAAACAAGUUUAGAAACGGUAUCUGAAAGUACAAACAUAGAAGAAUCAGAAUCGGAACUUACCAUACCUAGUGAACAAAGAAAUACAAAUUUAACUAGUAAUAUAAAAGAAACGUCUACCAUAACUGGAAGUACAGAAGAACUAACGUUUCAUCCAUUAUCUGAAGAAUCCAUUUCUGUUGCAACCAACUCGAAAGAGACUACAGAAUUAUCAGAAAAUUAUGAAAGAACAGGAUCAAAUGCCACUUUGACCAGUAACCCAUUCCAUUCUAAUGAAAAUUCUUUUGAAUCAACCUUAAAUGAGGAACAAAAGAUGUCAACAAAACAAACGUCGACCUUCAAUGUCAAAUCAACUUUAACUCUUUUUACAACUGUCAUGAGUACAAUUUUGGAAGAAUCUGAAGAAAAUGGUAUAUUCAACUUUUCCCGUAUUGAAGAAGAAAUUACCCAGAAAGAAGAAGAUACUGAAGAAGAAACUUCUUUACAAACUAGUACAAUAGGAAUUCACUUGGAAGAUAUUAUUCCGUCUGAAGAAGAAAAGAAAUCUACAGAACAUACAAGCAAAUCGAGUAUUCAUUAUUUAACAAAUUCACCGGAAAAGCAAGUAAUAACUCAUAAACAUUUGCAUCCACAUACAAGACAUAGAGACACGACUACAAGUAAAACAGAAAAUACGGCUGUUAAACAAUAUACUACUAUUUCAAAAAUAAAAAUUCCCUUCAAAUCUACCCUUCAUUCUAAAUCAACGAAGUCCCCAAAAUAUGUUGCUGCUACUUCCACAGAAAAUAUCAAAACAGUACAUUCUGCAACUGAACAACAAGAAGUAAAUACAAUACCGUUUAUGAUAGAAAUUACCGACAACAUUUUAGCAACACUUACAGAAAUAUCACCAACUACUGAAGAACUGUCAACUGAAGAACCAAAUGUAGAAGGAAAUUUAGUUAUGAAUACGGCCAUAGAGCAAGAAGAAACUACAGAAGAUAAUGUUGUUGAAGUAGUGAUGCCAACAUCACAUAUAUUAACACCUAAACCUAAAACAGUAGUAGUAAUAGUAAACAAUUCUGGAAGGAAAAUUAACAAAAUAAACGAAACAAUUUUAGAAAAAAUACUUAAUAAACCUUUAAGUGAAAUUAAUUUGGAAUACGUUGACAUAACAAAUAUUUCAAGAGAAGCAGGAAACGAAACGAAUGCUCCUAAAGAAAAUGACAUUCUAAAUACUGGAAAAGAAUGUAAACCAAAUGAACUCGAAUCUAAUCAGCGAUGCAUUUGUGAUGUAGACUCAUAUUUGCAUGGAUUAGAGAGUAAAUUAAAUAACAUAAUCGAUGUAAACAAAUUAAAUUGUACUAGGCUAAUUAGCUUUCCUGAUGGAUUUACAAUUACAAAUAAAACAGAAGCUCUAAAGAGAAAGAAAAGAAGUCUUUUAUAUUUAAAGAAGCUGGAUAGAUCCUCUAACUACAUUGAAAAUGAAAAUAUAGAAGAUGUUCUUGAUGAUAAUUAUAAAAUAACUGAUUCAGAUUUAAACAUUCUAGUAUAUCCUGGAAGAAGGGCAAAAAUAUUCUGUGGAAAUAGUGCUGAUAAGUUGUUGGAUAAUCAAAAUGCAUCGAUCCAAUGGGAAUUUAAAAAAGACCCUCAACAAACUGUUGAAGUCCUUCAGUACCAUGAAAAUCCUUUAGUAAUCACAAAUGCGGAUAUAAAAACAGCUGGCAAUUACACCUGCAUAAAAACCUAUAAAAACGGACAAAAAGAAAAUUACACUCACGAGUUAGAAUUAAUAACGUUCCCAAUUUACAAAAUCGCAAUCGGCAUGUACUAUUCCGUUAAUGACAGUUGUUCAUUAAGUGACGGGGACAUAUUAUUUGCAUAUUUACCCAAAAUAGUUGGACCUGUUCUUUGUGGAAGAACUGGAAAAUUGUGCAGAAUGGAUAUGGAAAGACCACGGUGUUUUAGCAAAGAUGAUAUUAAUUACUACAACGUAUCUGUGAUAGCUACAAUGAAUGACAUUUACACAGUGUAUCCUUCAAUAGAUGACUCGCAGUGCAAUAUUAACUGUAAACUAAGAGCUUAUAGUAAUUUGAUAAAAUUGGUUUACAAGAAUGCUCAAAAUGCCAAAAAAAUACCAGUAAUGUCUAAACUUCAUGGUAAAUUAGAUUUCCUAUCAAAUGUUACUCUACCAUAUACCGAUGUAUCAAAACCACCCAGAAUUAUUACAACCUGUCGAGAAGGAUAUGGCAUUGAAAAAUUUAAAGAAAGGGUUUGUG